CCGUUGUGCCCUUGAGCAAGGCACUUAUCCCCAAGUGUCAUGUAAUAAUUAACAUGUUGCUUUGGAUGUAAACUAUCUGCUAAAUGAAUAAGUGUGAAUGUAAUAGUCUGAGCUCUGAGAUGAAUGAAACACUGAAUGUAAUAGUCUGAGCCUUGAGAUGAAUGAAACACUAGUGUGUGAAUGUAAUAGUCUGAGCUCUGAGAUGAAUGAAACACUAAGGUAGCAGGAGUACAGUGGAGGGAUAAUUUUAGCAAAUGUAUCAUUUAUGACUUAAGCCAGUGGGGUCAAUAGUUUGUGUGUGUGUGUUUGUGUGUGUGAGUGUGUUUGCGUGGGCCUACAUUAAUGUGAAUGUAACCUCACCAAGGCCAAUUUCCCAUUAAACCUCAGAGCCCUAGCUUACACACACACACACACACACAGUGCACACACACACACAUGCUUCCCAAUAAACCCCAGAGCCCUAGCUUACACAUUGCUUCUAAGUCACAUUACACCUUUAAAGUUCCUUUUGCGUUACCUUGUAAUACACUUUGCAUUCCCUCACAAAGCUUUGACUUUGGGAAUUCAAACUUAUUGUGAAAGAAUGUAAAACUAUUGUAAGGGAACACAACAGAAGGACAAUGUCCCUGGAGGCUCCAUACAGCAGGUUAGACUGUUUAUUACUAUGAUUGUUGUUGUUGUUGUUAUUAUUAUUAUUAUUGUUAUACUGUAUAAUAUAUAUUAUGUACAUGUCAAUUAGACGAGAACAUUGCGUUUAUUGUCACCGUUUUCCUUUCGCGCUGCGAGGGGAAUGUCCAUCUAUCGAGUUUCGUUUUCCUUACACUGCCCGCCCCUACGGCUCACGCGCUUUACCAACACUACAAGGAAAUAACGUGUUCUUAGGUCUCAUCUAUGACUCUCACACGUCAAAACCCGUCAGCCCACAACUAGGAUAGGCUAUAUUUGAUAUCUAUUUAGCUAUAUAUAUAUAUAAAUGUUUAGGUAUUUAAUGGUGACAUCUACGUUUACACAUGGCUACCAGGACCUUAAAGCGAAUCUUCCUGGCCGCUGUGUUCGGACUGUCAGGGGUCCUGGCUGCACUUCCUCCUCCAGAUAAUGUAAGAAUAUUUUCUGAGAACAUGGGACUGCAGCUGUUAUGGGACCCACCUGUGAACACCAGUAACAAGCUCACCUAUACUACAGAAUACAAGAGUUUAUCAGGUUUCACUACGGUGUGUGUUAACCAAUCGGAGACCAGUUGUGAUGUCACCAACAAAAUCACCCCAUUUGGCAAAUACGACCUGCGUGUGAGGGCGGAGUUACAGGACCAGGUCUCUGAUUGGGUGACCAGAAAUGACUUUGAAGUGCUGCAGAUGACCAAUAUCAGUGCUCCCUCCGUGAAGCUGCAGACCCGUAGAGGGGAGAUUGAGGUGCAGAUUACGGACCCGCUCAUGAGAUUAAACGACUUCCAGGAGCUGUACCGGCCGGUACAGUACGUCAUCAGCUACUGGAGAGAAGGAGACGUCCACAAGUUGGAGAAGAGGAGUGACCAGAGUCAUGUGAUCUUAUCGGCCACUCUGGCGGCUCAUGUGAAGUACUGUGUGCAGGUGCACAUCUACAGCCACAUGAUCAACAUGACCAGCGCCAGGAGCAACCACAACUGCAUCAAAAACUCCGCUAACGAUGUAGUGUCGGGGUGGCAGAUCAUGUUGGUGAUGCUGGGGAGUUUUGUUGUGGUGGGGGCGGGAACGCUACUUUUCUUUGCUGUUGGCUGGUACUCCUGUCGGGGCAUACACUACCUCCAUCCCAAAGCCAAGCUACCAGAUCACUUUUUCAUACCGUCGCUGCUGCCCCCCCUCUCUCAGAUGGACCAGUUCAAAGGGCAGCCAGUGGAGCUCUGCCACCCCCUCAGCAUCGUCUUGGAGACGCCACAGCCCCCUCUGCUGGACGGAGGCCUGCACUGCACCCACCCACUACAGGAGGAGGAGCAGCCAGAGAGGCAGGGAGAGAAGUGGGAGACGGGGGGAGGGGGUGAUGGGGGGGACAGGGCCCUUCACUCUCUUUGAGAGAUGGAGAUAGAGCCCUGUUUACCAUUGCAAACAUGAGUUGUUUAUAUGAAAGUAUGAAGGAUAUUUAUACUGAUGCAUUCCUUCCCUUUAUACUUAGAUACUUUAUCUGUGUGUGUGUGUGUGUGUGUGUGUGUGUGUGUGUGUGUGUGUGUGUGUGUGUGUGUGGAGGUGGGCAGGGUUUGCUCAUCCACUGUUUGUGAACAUUUUUAAUACAGUUUACAAGUUUUACACACUUUUUUAUUUGCUAUGAGAACUGAAGCUUAUCUAAAAAAUAAAACAUUUUUGUACAA